CAAAAAGCCCUAAAUAAAAAGACCCUGCUUUUGGCAGCUGCCUCUUUUUAUCUCUCCUUCCGCCGAGUAAACGCAGCGACUGACUGAAUCAAUCAUGAUGAGGGGACUAAAACGCGCCGCUGUUUCCGAAUCGUUUCCAGAAGCCAACGAAUCUCCCUUUAAGAAUGCAAAACCAGUGGAAGGAUCCCUGUUGUCGGCAUCAUUGGACAAACAGAGGGCUGAGUUAGCUAGGAAGCAUGUGAGAGCUCUUAAUAACCAAUUUGUAAGUUGGGUGCAAAUACAGCUGAAGAACCAUCCUGAUGAACUUUGGGAAGAUGGGAUGAAUGACUACAUUAGCCAUGCUUCCAACAUUCUGGAAAAGUUUAAAGAUGUUGUCAACUGGCUCAAAGAAAAUAAGGGAAAGGCGGAGAGUGCAUCCCCUGAAUCUCGUGGACCAGAGAAGAAACCAGUGGCGGAAGUCAAGAAUAGCGACGCUAAACCAGUUUCAAAUAACAGCUUGUUUACUUCAAACAAUCAACCUGGGCUGUUUUCAAACAAUCAAUCUUCCAGUUUUUCCAGUAGUGGUUCGUUUUCAAGCCAGCCUGAAGUAUUCUCCAGCAGUCCAUUUGGUUUAGCAUCCAAUAGCCAAACUGGAUCUUUUAGCAGUGGCCAGUUUGGUUUAGCAUCAAAUAGCCAAACCGGAUCUUUUAGCAGUGGCCAGUUUGGUUUAGCAUCAAAUAGCCAAACCGGAUCUUUUAGCAGUAGCCAGUUUGGUUUAGCCAAGAGCAGCCCACCUAGCCUAUUUUCCAGCAGUCAAACAGGUGGAAUCUCUAAUAGCCAACCUUCUUUCUCAUUUUCCAAUAACCAAAACCCUUUUUCAUCUGGAGUUACGCCAGUGUCCAUACCGGCAAAGCGAGACUCUCCAGAUGAUGCAGAGGCUGAAGAUGAACCACCUCAACCGAGCAGCCCAUCUGUCAAAAAGACCGAAGAGAAGGGUGUUACUGUGGUUCAUGAAGUCAAAUGCAAGCUUUAUGUCAAGGCAAAUGACCCAACAGAUAAAGGUGCAUGGAAAGAUAAAGGAACGGGGAAUCUCUACAUAAAAUGCAAAGAAGGCGUUGACAAGGGGACAAAAGAAUCUAAACCCACUAUUCUUGUCAGAAACGAUGUCGGGAAACUGCUUCUGAAUGCUCUACUGUACACUGGAAUCAAGACGAGCGCACAGAAGAACGCACUUGUUGCAAUAUUCCACUCAUCGGAGGAUUCCAAUGAGAAUGUAACACCUAGAACCUUUCUGAUAAGGACAAAGACAGCAGAGGCUAGGGAUAAGUUAGCAACAGCCAUCCAAGAAUACGCACCUUCUUCAUAAAAUGCCGAAGCACAGGCUGAGAUCUUUACUCUACCACCUUUGUUAAUCUUUUAUUGAGCCAUCCACUCUAUUUUUGUCUCCCUUUGUUCUGUAAUAUUAGGAAGGCUUGAUAAAAUUCAUACUCAGUGUUGUAUGAUUUAUAGAGAGAAUGUGAGAGAAGAUAGCCGAACUUAUUCUGUAAGCCUAAUAGAGAAUGUUGUUCCAGUCUUUCUAACUUAAAACUCGAAAACAAUAAAUCAUUCCUUUUUUUAUAUAUUAGUAAUCUGAUUAAUGCAAACAAAGAAGCAGAGUGGCUACUACAUACAUUACAUAUCUAAAUUUAUACAAAAUGAUAGAAAAAAUAAUAGAGGAUCCGUGAAGAUCAAUACUUAACACUCUCCAUUUUGCUUCUGUGAUCUAUGAAUAACGAAAUGAUCCACUACUUUCACGGUAGAAACAGGGUCUUGUUGCGCCGAUGAUGCACACCAUUUACUUGGAAAUUUUCUCUUA